GCGUGUGUACCUAGCAUACCCAGCGCCGGAGGAGGCGGCGGCGGGACGCUCGGGCCGGUGCUGCGCGCGGCGGCCGGUAGGGGGCGCAGGCGCCCCGCGUUUGCGCGGCCCGGACUCUGCAGUCGCGGCUCAGGGUCCUGAGAUCGCGAGGGCCCACGGUUCCUGCCCGGCCCCCUCGCCCGCCUCCGCCCCCUUCCUGCCCUGGGGAUACGCUCCCCGCUGCGUGCCCGAGACGCGCCAGGUCCUUGAAUCUUGA